AUGGACAGUAGGUGUUGGAGUAUCUCUCACAUGUCAGAACUGAGAGGAACCGGAGAUGCAUCUCCAUCUUCCACUUCUACUACUUCUGCUUCUGCUACCUCUUCCUUCUUCACUUUCUCUGCAAAUGUAGUCGUCUCUCUCUCCCUCUCCUCUUUCUCCUUCUGCAUUCAGGACUAGAUCCUUUUGGUCUAUAUCUGAGAAAGGGGAAGUAAUCAUACACCACAUGGAGCAAUACGAAAUACUUGAGCAAAUUGGGAAAGGGGCUUUUGGUUCUGCUCUUCUUGUGAGGCAUAAGCAUGAGAAGAAGAAGUAUGUCCUGAAGAAGAUUCGUCUUGCUCGCCAGACUGAUAGGACCCGCAGAUCUGCGCAUCAGGAGAUGGAGCUUAUUUCUAAAAUGCGGAAUCCAUUCAUUGUUGAGUACAAAGAUUCCUGGGUGGAAAAGGGUUGCUAUGUGUGCAUUAUUAUAGGUUAUUGUGAAGGAGGAGACAUGGCUGAAGCUAUAAAGAAAGCCAAUGGCGUUCUUUUCUCUGAAGAGAAACUCUGUAAGUGGCUUGUUCAACUUUUAAUGGCACUUGAGUACUUGCACAUGAAUCACAUCCUUCAUCGCGAUGUUAAGUGUUCAAACAUAUUCUUGACAAAAGAUCAAAAUAUUCGUCUUGGUGAUUUUGGACUUGCCAAAAUGUUGAGCUCGGAUGAUCUUGCCUCCUCUAUUGUGGGAACACCCAGCUAUAUGUGCCCUGAGCUUCUUGCUGAUAUACCUUAUGGCUCAAAGUCAGAUAUUUGGUCAUUAGGAUGUUGUAUAUACGAAAUGACUUCUCAUAAGCCUGCAUUUAAAGCAUUUGAUAUGCAAGCGCUGAUCAACAAAAUAAAUAAGUCUAUAGUGGCUCCACUUCCAACUAAGUACUCUGGUGCAUUUCGGGGUCUUGUUAAAAGCAUGUUGCGGAAGAACCCAGAACUGCGGCCAAGUGCUGCAGAGCUGCUCAGGCACCCGCACCUUCAGGCUUAUGUCCUUAAAAUUCAUCUUAAAUCUAAUAGCCCUAGGUAUAAUACUUUACCUAUUUGCUGGUCUGAACCCAAUCACUCAAAAAAAUUUAGAUUUCCAGAGCCAGAGGAUGCCCCUAUUUCAACGUACAGAGAGAAGAGGCAGUCUUUUUGCAAUGACAGGAAUUUGAAUCCAAGUAUAUCUGGAGCUGAGCAAGACUUUUUGAGUUCUGCCCAAAGAAAACAUAGUACCCCAGUUUGCCUGAACCAAAGGUUGGUAGAAAUAUCUUUUGGAAGCACCCAUGAAGAGACAACCAUUAUUAGGUCUGUAGCUUCAAAAAGUACAAAUAUCACAAAGACUCCAAGACUGACUCCAGCUAAAGCUUCAGCCACACCUAAGAGAUGGACGGAGCCAUCAAAAGAUCGUGAACUGUUUCGAGCUUCACAAACUCCUGUGAAAAAAUCUGCCCCAGCAGCUCGCAGAGCAUCUCUACCAUUGCCAAGGAGAUCUACAGUUAAAGAAUCCGCUUGCAGGUCCAAGAUUGGUCUCCUUCACCACAUAAAUUCCCCAGAUGUUUCUGUCAAUGCCCCUCGAAUUGACAGGAUAGCUGAAUUCCCAUUGGCUUCAUACGAUAGUCCCUUCUUUCCUGUUCCAAAAACUUCAUCAACCUCAGCACAAGGCUCCUCUAACUCCAUAAUUGGUGAUCAUUCAAUCACGAAGGAUAAAUGCACAAUUCAGGUUUGUGAAAGAGCUCUUGCCAGGCUGAGUUUCACUAAUGCUUGGCCAGUAACUCAAGGCACCAUGUUUGAGGUGGAUGGGGAGGAUGCAGGUAACUGCUCUGAUCAAAAUGCCACAGCUGGUGCAUCAAGCCAGGCCUCAUCAGACUUACGCCGCCGUCGAUUUGAUACCUCAUCGCACCGGCAGCGUGCUGAGGCUUUGGAAGGGUUGCUAGAAUUUAGUGCAAGAUUGAUGCAUGAGGAAAGGUAUGAAGAGCUUGGGGUUUUACUGAAGCCAUUUGGGCCUGGAAAGGUUUCUCCUAGGGAAACUGCUAUCUGGUUAACUAAGAGCUUCAAGGAAAAUACAGGCAAGCAGGAAGAUCAGUGUCCAUGAACAGCUGACAUCAGUACUCUAAUUGUUUCUGUAACAAAUUUUAGAGUUGGGUCUAUAAAUUUUCAUUAUGUGAAGGCACCAGGCAGAGGCUAAUGUCUAGGUUAUAAUUAGAUUUUCUUGUUUUUUCUUAAUGAAGUUUCCCUUGUAGCAAUUUUAUCAUUUUCAUUGAAGUAGACAUUCUGUAUCUGAAUUCUUAGUUUGGAGAAUGAGAUGGGGGUUACUAGUUGUCAGGAAA